GUGUGUGUGUGUGAUCUCAGUGUGUGUGUAUGUGUGUGAUCUCAGUGCUAUGUCUCCGUCCCGGGUGCGCUCUAAUAAUAGAGGAGACUGCCUGCUCCUUUAAGAGCCUACUUGUUGCAUACUCCACUAAAUAUAUUGUAACAAAAUGGUUAUCAAAGUCUUCCUCGCCUCUUCAUCGGGAUCCACGGCGAUCAAGAAGAAGCAGCAAGAUGUCGUCGGCUUCCUGGAGGCUCUCAAAGUGGACUACACUCAGCUGGACAUCGCCUGCAACGAGGAGAACCGCAUGUGGAUGAGGGAGAAUGUCCCUGAGGAGAAGAAGCCCGCCAACGGCAUCCCCCUCCCCCCGCAGAUCUUCAAUGAAGAGGGCUACUGCGGGGACUAUGACACAUUCUUCGAUGCCAAGGAGGACAACGCAGUGUAUGCCUUCCUGGGUCUGCCUCCUCCUCCUGGGUCAAAGGAAGCAGAGCAGGCUGACAAGGCAAACAUUGUGGAGAACGGGAACCAUGCUGAAGAAAACCUUGAUGACUCAAUAGAGGUUCCCGUGGAGGAGCGUAACGGGGAUGCACACGUAGAGGAGCAGGCAGAGGCAGCUGAUGAGGAGGAAGGUGAGGGUGGCGAGGAGGAGGCAGAGGCAGAGGCUGCAGAUGAUGAAGCCACGGAGGCAGAAACAGCAGGAGACGAGGCCCCUGCGGAGGAGGAGGAGGAGGAGGAGGAGGAGGCCGGGGAAGGAACCGAAGAGGUCACAGAGGACACAGCCCAAGCAGAAGAAGAGGAGGAACAGGAGGAAGAAGAGCUACGACAGCUUGAGGAGGAAGAAGAAGACGUGGAAGAAACACAGGAGGAAGAGGCUGAGUAGUUAAAACCAGGCGACGAGGAUGUUGACUUACUACAAUACAGCCUGUAGGAGCGCCUCCGAUCCAUCUCUCCCUGACACCUGACGCUUGACCCCCUCAGCCCCCAUCAGACCUCUCCCCCAAAGGCCGCACUGGACCGUACUGGAAACCGCCGGUCAUGUCGUUGAAGGCUUCAUCAGAACUGAAAAGUCCUAACCCACAUUUGCCCCCUCUCCCUUCCCUUUUGACUGCAAUGUUGACUUAAUUUUUAUAUUUUCUGUGUAGAGACUUACUGUAAUGAAAAUGCGCAGAGUAGCCUUGUGGUGUUGGUUUGUUUGUGAUGAGUAGCUUUUGUAAAAUGCACAGUGAUUUUGUUAAACUCAAACAUAUUUCUCAUGUUUUACUUUUAGAAAUUCUAGUUUUCUAACACAAGGAAGCAGUGACCUUUUCAAAAAAUAUCUAACCUUGGCGUACCUUAGCUUGUAGCUUUUCAGAUUCAAAGGAGCACAAUUCACUCUGUUCUUUUAUUCCUAUGUCACGCCUAACUGACUCCUUCUAUCAGCUGAAUGUAUAAAUGCAAACUGAGACUUCUAAUGGCCAUGUGAGACAGGAACUAUGCACAUACUGCAAGAUUGCAAACUACUCCACCACCACUACAACUGCUUCUGCCAAUACUGCUGUCUGAACAAUGCACUUUGUUGAACGAAGAGUGAAACAUGUGGCUAAGACUUGGAUGCGAUGUAAAAUGAAAUAAAGUGGACUCGUAAAAAAAAGACCAA